CCUCUCUCUCCCUAGCUAGGUUUCCUAGAGGUGGCCAUGUCUAUUGUCUACUCUACUCUGCUACUCUCAUAAGCUCCUCAAAAAACUUCCUCACCUUUCAAUCUAUUUUUAUCUUUCUCUGAAAAAGAAAGAACAAGAACGGUUCCUAUCAGGCAACCACACCUGUGCCCACGUGAAUUGUUGCCAAUGAAAUGUGGGCUGGCUCUUCAGUUUCGUACACUUAAUCACUAUCAAAGCUAGCUCCUAUUAUCUGUAUCAUUUCUGUGUACCGUAGCAACAAUCACAAAUUGCGCUACUGUUCUAUAUUUCGGAAAGAGAUGAAGAUAAAGUUUUAUCACCCAUAAACAGAGGUUCCUUGGGCUAAUUUUCCUUCAAUCUUGCACCAAUUUUAGAAACGCUAAAAGCACUCCAAAAAUAGCUCUUCAAAAGAAAUAGUACUGUUCAGCUAUGUUUUCUUCAAGUAGCAGUUUCAAUCCCUUUCAAUACGAAAACCCUACCAUGAUAGCAAGCACUUUAGCUGACCCAGAAAACCCUAGCUCAAUAGAAGACUAUUCUCCAACGUCGUUCUUGCAGCACUUCCCUGAUCUCUUUCUCGAUGAUGGUGAUUUGCUGGUAGGUGAGCUCUUAUCACAACAACAGCAGCAGCAGCAGCAGCCGGGAGUUUUUGGGUCUAAUACUCAUGUUUUGGCAGUUGAGACUCAGGAGAUUAACCCAGUAGCUUCAAACGAUGAAAGUACAAGAAAGUUCAAUAAUAGCAAGAUGAAAGGUAAUGUUAAUACUUCAAAGCAGCCAAUUCGUCAACGGCGAACAGGGAAGAAGGACAGGCAUAGUAAGAUCCAUACUGCUCAAGGGCCGAGAGACCGAAGGAUGAGGUUAUCACUUCAAAUUGCCAGAAAGUUCUUUGAUCUCCAAGACAUGCUCGGCUUCGAUAAAGCAAGCAAAACUAUCGAGUGGCUCUUUACAAAAUCGAAGGCCGCGAUCAAGGAGCUCACAGAUACUGUUCCAAAAGUGAGAAAAUGCAGUAGUACUAGUGCUGGCAAGAGUGUUUCUUCCACUUCUGAGAGUGAAGUUGUAUCAGGUAUCAAGCUGACACCUGACACUAAUGGAGACAGGAGAGUGAUGGAGGCAAAGAGUGACUCAUUAGUGAGCAAACCUAAAGAGAAAAGGAGCAAAAAAGUGCAUAAACCAGUUUUUAAUCCUGUUGAUAGAGAAUCUAGGGAGAAAGCAAGGGCAAGGGCAAGGGAUCGAACAAGAGAGAAAAUGAAGAACAAAGGCAUAAACAAGUCAAGUCAGUCUUCUCAAGCAAACCCUGACAAUUUGGAAAAGUUUGGGUACUCUAGUACCCUCGAAUAUGGUGAAAAUUUGGCUUCUGGACGCCAAGAAAUUAAUUCUUCUGUGAAGGUAGUUGAUGAAGAAGAAGAAUCCAACAAUCAUCAUCACUUGCUGCCACAUCAAAUGGAUCAUGUCAGCAUCAUUGACAAAUUUUUUGGGAUCACAAAUUCACCAAGAUCAUCUUCGAUUUUCGAUUUUUCUGAGAGUAUUGAGGUUCCAAGUGGGGCUACUUUGAAGGAUGAGUUUUCAGGGUUUCCUCUGAAGUGGGACGUGACAAAUGGUAGAGUCCAGUAUAAAUAUAAUGCACUGCCAAACAUGAAGCUACCAUCAGGUAAUGUUCAAGCACAAAACCCUAAUGUAAAUUUCAUGACCACCCCGCAUGCCCUAGAACCAAACUUAAGUACAAUGAUCAUGACAACAUUAAACGCCCAUGUUGAAGAAAGCCCUAAUUCAGCUUUCAUGAACAUGCCAAAUCCCAAUGAGCAAAAUCCCAUUUCAAUUCUCAAGACCACCACCACAAUUGACAAUGGAAACCAAUUCUCCUCCAGUCACAUUUUUGCCAGAGACUAUGAUCGCUUAUAUUGAAGUGUCUAAAACCUUGUGUUAGUUGAACCGACAAGGUUUGCUUAGAGAGUUGAACUCAUGUCCAUUGAAUCCUUUUCUAAAUGGUGGAAGGAGAAUGAAAAACUUUAUAAUUUCUUUCAGAGAUAGUAAGCAUUUCUACAAAUUGGGUUGAUGUAUGAGUAAGUCUUCACUUUCGUUUU